AUGAUCUCAAAAGUUCAGACAGUAAAGAAUAAUAAAUCUAAUAUGAAUUACAAUUCUAAAGAUAAUUCUGUAACCUUUCAAUAUAAUGUUUGUCUUGAAGGCCUGAGCACAAGAGAUGCUUGGUGGAAUAUGAACAGUAAUGAUGAGUAUUUACAAGAGAAAGAUGAAAAUCUCUUUGACUUUGCCAGUAAUAAGCAAAAACUAAACCAUGAAUUUUUCUUUAAUAAAGUUGAAGAACUUACUUAG